UGCAUCCUCCUCACUCACACUACUUCCGUUCAACGUCAGCUUAUAGGGCCGGUCCCUUUACAUCUCACCCACUUCGCUCAAAUAACCUCAACAUCAUGCGUUUAUCAUCUACUUUCGCCUUUAUUACACUGGUUCUUGCCACCACCUCAAUGGCCCUUCCCCGGCAUGGAAAAGGAACUGGUGGCACAGUAAUGGGAGUCGGACCAUGGCCGUCACCUCCAGCGGGGCCUCCGCCGCCUCCGCCUCCUCCGCCAGGGCCCUCAAAUCCCAAGCGCAUAGGGAGGAGGGCCAUCAAAGGUCAACCUAGAGCUGGCCCACGCAAAGUUAACAUGGCAGGUGCGCCAGCUCUUGACCCGGAAGACAUCCAUGACAUAGUAAUGGCACCAUGGCCGUCACCACCUCCCCAGCCACCCUCAAGGUCUGGGCGUAAGCGCAUCCGGAGGACGGCCAUCGAAGUCGUUUGAUCUGAUGGUCAGUGAUAUUUGAAGGACAAUUGAAAAAGGGGUGGUUAGACAUAGGUGCAAUGUUAUUAUUGUAGAUUCUGGGAAUGCUGAGAUGCGAUGUCGUUGUACUGCAGUCACGAGAUGGGUGAUUUCGAAACGUUUGUUUGAAUGUCCAAGACAGAUAUGUACAAAACAGAGAACGCAAC